AUGGAGCAGGCCGUUCUCCUGAUGACAAAUAAAGGAGCACGAGGCGAGUGCGGGAAGGCGGCCGCUCGGUGCGCCCACACGCCCCCAGUCAAAACAACGCCGCCGCGGAACGAGCCGAGACUAGAGACGCAACCGAAAAAUCCCGGGCUCUAUAAUUACUGUCAGACGGUGGCUCCGCGCGUAAGUCGCGCUGUGUCAAGUGUAGUGCCGUGUAGAGGUGCCGAAGUGGCGGGUUUCCUUGCCUCAGGACGGGGGGCCCAUGCCCCCUUCCACCAGCACCACAUUGGUAAAAGACGCGGGGAGGCAGGCGGCGCGAUGGCGUGCGCCGGCUGCGAGAAGCCGAUCCUGGACAAGUUCUUGCUGCACGUGUUGGAGAGGGCGUGGCACGCGGCGUGCGUGCGCUGCGCCGACUGCCGGGCACCGCUCGCCGACAAAUGCUACUCCAGGGACAACAAGCUGUUCUGCAGGAACGACUUCUUCAGGCGUUACGGCACGAAAUGCAGCGGCUGCGGGCACGGCAUCUCGCCCUCGGACCUGGUACGGAAGGCCAGGGAGAAGGUGUUCCACCUGAACUGCUUCACGUGCCUCGUCUGCCGCAAGCAGCUCUCCACCGGCGAGGAGCUUUACGUGCUCGACGACAACAAGUUCAUUUGCAAGGAGGACUACCUAGCCGGGAAGGCGCCGACGCAGCAUUCAGAUUCGCUGCUAGGCUCGGGGUCUGAUGAGGAGGAGGAAGACGAGGCGAGGGCUGCCAACAACUCGAGCAGUCCAGCACACGCUCCGCACCCAGCUCUGCACUCGGAGCUAUCGCACAACGGCGACACCAAGCCGCACGAAGACUCAGAAGACCAGGGCUCGCUGGACGGCGACCCGGAGACCAGGGACUCGCAGGCGGAGAACAAAUCGCCCGACGACGGCAACGGCGGCUCCAAGCGGCGCGGGCCCAGGACCACCAUCAAGGCGAAGCAGCUCGAGAUACUCAAGUCCGCCUUCUCGCAGACGCCGAAGCCGACGAGGCACAUACGGGAGCAGCUCGCCAAGGAGACCGGCCUCCCGAUGAGGGUCAUACAGGUGUGGUUUCAAAACAAGCGGUCGAAAGAGCGCCGCCUGAAGCAGCUGACAUCUAUGGGCAGAGGUCCUUUCUUCGGCUCCUCGCGCAAGAUGCGGGGCUUCCCCAUGAACCUAUCGCCGGGUGGCUUGGAGGAGGGGCCGCCGGGGUUCCCCUACUUCGCGACGGCCGAUGGCAAGUUCGAGUUUGGCUAUGGCCCGCCGUUCCACCAUGACGCGCCGUUCUUCCACCCGCCGCCGACAAUGCCGUUCAACCAGCCAGGUCGUUUCGCAGGCGGUAUGGAGUCGCUGCCCGGCGAGUUCCCGGAGCAAUUCCCGCCGCCCGACCACCUAGUGCUGCCGCGGCCCUCCUCGCCCGAGUUCACGUUCGGCGACGCCCCCCCUCCCCUCCACCCCGAGGGCCUCGUCUGG